CCCAGAGAGCUGCUGCCAGUCAGUGUAGACAGUGCUGCUUUAGAUGGGCCAAGGGUCUGACUCAGUCUGAGGCAGCUUCCAAUAUAGCAAAUAGCCAUUUUUGUUCAUCCUCAAUGAAUUUGUCCAAUGCACCCCACUUCGUGAAAUGGAAAAGAUCCAAGGGAGAGAAUGGAGCAUCUCAAAAGCUGAACGAGGGAGGGAGGAGUAGUAGUAGUAGGAUAACUACGACUCUUAUAAUAAAUAUUAGGCUGAUCGGUCUGCAGACACAUGUAUUGGGCUUAGCCCAGAAAAAGCUGGACGGCUUUGAGAUCCAGUGUUAUGUAUACCGGCUCUGAAACUGUGGCAUCUCUGGAAAUCACAUUCCACUUGGAAGUUAAGACACAUUUUUUCAGCCAGGCCUUUAGUAAUUGUGGAAUGUUUUAGAUUUUUAAACUGCUGUUUUUAAUGGUUUGUUUUAUUUUCUUGUGUGCGUUUGUUUUUUGAACCGCCUAGAGGGGUUGUAUAAAUCAAAUCAAUAAAUAAAAUGGGGAGCGGACAUCUGAGAACUCCAGUGCUAAAUAGCCCAGAAUUCUAUAUGGAUACUGAGAUUGCAUUUUUAUGAGAUCUGAGCAGAGAGGCACCAUUUAAAAGUUGCGAUUCUCUUUAUUGGGCAGGGGGAGAGCAACUGGCCCUCUCCGUCCCCAGCACAGCAUCGCUCCAGUGGCUGUUGCUGGUGUCUAUCUUAUGUUUCUUUUUUAGAUUGUGAGCCCUUUGGGGACAGGGAGCCAUUUUAUUUAUUUAUUUUAUAUCUACGUAAUAUGAAAUGUUUGUUGAAAAGCAGUAUAUCCAUGUUCUCCGUGGUCGUCGUGUAUUUCCCUUUUUAUUAUUACCUGCCCUGUGCCAAAGUGUGAGGGCAGAUUGCAGUAGUUUUGAAGGGUUUCUCCCCCUCUGGUAUCUUUCACUUAAAAACAAGGACAGAUUUUGGAAGCCGGGUCUCUAUUCUGGGUUUUUUUAAACAGAGAAGUAGAACCUCUGUGUGCAUGAGCAGUCUAUCUCGUGGCACCGGAUACUGGAGCCAAUCAGGAGGCGGCUUUCACUUUUCAUGCCCUGCUUGAAGUUCUUUUCCCUGAAUGGAGAUGGAGCCAGAGCACUUUGGCCCCGCCGGAGAAGACAUGAGCGCCAAAUCUGCCUGCUUCCAGUGCUCCGCGUGCCGCGGAGACGAAGAGUGGCGUUGUGCCGCCUCUCCACGCGGCCCGGCAAGGACGUGCAGCGUGGCUUCUACGCCGGCCCUGGGCAGCACCAAAGAAUUCAGGAGGACGCGUUCCUUACAUGGACCAUGCCCGGUGACCACUUUUGGACCAAAAGCGUGCAUGCUUCAGAACCCCAAAACUAUCAUGCACAUUCAGGACCCAGCAAGCCAGCGGUUGACAUGGAACAAGCCUCCCAAGAGUGUCCUGGUGAUCAAGAAAAUCCGGGACGCCAGCCUCCUGCAGCCCUUUAAAGACCUGUGCAUCUAUCUCUCGGAGGUGAACAACAUGAUCGUCUAUGUAGAGAAGAAAGUGCUGGAGGACCCAGCCAUCGCGCACGAUGAUAGUUUUGGACCAGUGAAAAAGAAGUUUUGCACUUUCAGUGAAGAUUAUGAUGAUAUCUCCAAUCAGAUAGACUUUAUCAUCUGCCUGGGAGGAGACGGGACCUUACUUUAUGCCUCUUCACUUUUCCCGGGCAGCGUACCCCCAGUUAUGGCUUUCCAUCUGGGCUCGCUCGGAUUUCUUACCCCCUUCAACUUUGAGAACUUCCAGUCCCAAGUCACUCAGGUGAUUGAAGGCAACGCGGCCCUGGUGCUCCGAAGCCGGCUGAAAGUGAAGGUCGUCAAAGAGCACCGGGAGAAGAAAGCCAUCCUCCAGAACAGGAUCGAAGAGAACGGGCUGGUGUCUCAGAGCCUGGAGAAAGAAAUGUUCAAGCAAGUCAUGCAAUAUCAGGUCUUGAACGAAGUUGUCGUGGAUCGGGGCCCCUCCUCCUACCUUUCCAAUGUGGAUGUCUUUCUAGAUGGCCAUCUUAUAACCACAGUGCAAGGAGACGGGGUCAUCGUCUCCACGCCGACCGGCAGCACGGCCUACGCGGCGGCCGCAGGGGCUUCGAUGAUCCACCCGAACGUCCCGGCCAUCAUGAUCACCCCCAUCUGCCCCCACUCGCUCUCCUUCCGGCCGAUCGUCGUCCCCGCCGGAGUGGAACUGAAGAUCAUGCUGUCUCCUGACGCCCGGAACAUGGCCUGGGUCUCGUUCGACGGACGCAAGCGGCAGGAAAUCUGCCACGGGGACAGCAUCAGCAUCACUACCUCCUGUUACCCGCUGCCUUCGAUCUGUUUCCAAGACCCCGUGAGCGAUUGGUUCGAAAGCCUGGCCGAGUGCCUGCACUGGAACGUCCGGAAGAAGCAAAAUAACUUUGCCGUGGACGAGGAAGAGGAGUUCUGAGCAUCGGCACUCGCAGGGACUCCUGGGAGGAGUUGUCGGGCAGCAGUUCCCCCUUGUGUACAAAAUGUAUUUUUACGCCUGUAGCUACUUGGAAGUAGACCAAUAUAAUAUAUAUAUACACAUAUAUAUUUUUAAAGACAGCUGUGUACCUCAUAUCAGUCUGUUCUGCUGAUGACCAGAUAUCAUGUUUUCCUGUCUGUCGGCAAGGUUUGAGAGGCGGGUGAAAAGCAGAGGGCGCGCUUCCAGCCGGGCAAAGAGAAAGAGGCUCUCGGCUGCAUCCCGUGUCUUCUAGCGAGAACCAUUUCGGCGGCCUCGUGAAAACAGAUGACCUUUCCUGGGACUUCUUACCAAUAUUGGCAAAUCCACAAAUUCUCUGUCUUGGUCGCCGUUCUGCGAAUACAUGUGACAUUCGUCAAACGGCACUUUAAAAACAACAACCAAAAACGUCCUAUCUUCUUUGUCGAAUCCACAAAGCUCUUAUGUUUACAGCCGAAUUCUCCCAAAGGUGGAUCAACCGGGAUACGUUUAUCUGCUUCAUGUUCGUUUCCCUCUGUCCUCGGUGUGUAAGAAGUAUAUCUUGGACGGCGGCUUAGGAGAGGAUUGCACUUUGUGUUAACAGCCGACCUUUAAUUAUUCGCCUGCCCUUGACAAAAAUUUGCACUGUUUUCAUUAUACCUCCAGACUUUGUUAGCAUUCGGUGCCGCAGAGAGAGCAGUGGAGAUUCGAUUAAUCUUCUCGGAUCUGCUCUGGCUGUAGCAGCGGCAUUAAAGUGUGUAAAGCAAAGUCCCGUGUUGUAUUUGAAAGACGCAGGAGAGCUUUCGAUGGACUCUGAGCACACAGGCCGACGUAGUAUGACAGGGAUUCCCCACUCUUGUUGACUACAAUCCCCAGAAUCCCCCGCUGCAGAGGCCUUUGGCUGGAGAUUGUGGGAGUUGUGGUCAACAGCAUCAGGGAAUCCUUGUCCCAGGGAACACGGGCCAGGACUAAUGGCGAAGAGCAAAGAAAUGUGCGAAAGCAGUUGUACGCUUCCGCACGAUCCUUUUUUGGUUUCAAGAGUGCUGGCGCUGGAGUUGUUUCCAGUGGAUCACGUCAAAUCCAUGCAGCUGUUGUGGCAGUGGAUUCCACCAUAACAUACAAGGAAGAAGACGCAAAAAAGUCUAGGGCUUUUAAAAAUAAAUUCCUGUGCACACAGGGCUUUCUAGAAAGAAAAUCUCUGUGCACAGGACUUUCUUUUUUUAAAAAAAUUCUCUGCACACAAGGCUUUCUAAUCUCUGUGUGCACAGGGCUUUCUAAAAAAAAAAUAAUCUCUGCGCACAAGGCUUUCUAAAAGGAAAAUCUGCACAAAAGGCUCUUUAAAAAAAAGAAAAUUCCUGUGCACACAAGGCUUUCUUUUUUAAAAGCCACCUCUGUGUGCACAAGGCUUUCUAAAAAAGAAAACAACCAUGCACACGCAGAUUUUUUUUUAAAAAAACAAACACGAUUGUAUGCACCUAUGGGAUUUCUGCCAUUUCCUCUCCCAGCUACAGAGAUUUUUCCUGUUACGAUUGCCCCUGUGAACAGCCCCCAGAUCUUGGAGUCAGCGUUUCAGGUGGCAACGGAGGACAUAGAGUAGAGUGGUGGGGAGCUCAUGAACUCCUUCUGCAUGAACUCCUUCUGCAUAAAGAAAUUCCCCUUUUGGCACUCCAUGGGGAUCUGCCCUAUGGAUUUUUGCAAGGCUGGUCCACAGCGGUUGCAGGGGGUUUUCAGGUGGGGUCCGUUUUUCUCCUCUUUGCUCUGCUGCGUACCGGAGGCAUCAUGGUAGGCUAGAAACAGCCCAGGAAACAAGUUCUGAAAGUUUUUGAAUUGGGUAAGCAAGCCUAUUCGCCUGAUCCCAGAAGCCUCCCAGUCAUUAGGAACUAACCUAGAAUUGCGGGCCAUCUCUGGAAAUGCAGGCUGGUUAGGAUACUGUCUUCUGGACCGUUGAACGUGGCCUUGGCUGCUUGGGACAGGACCCCAUAAGAGGCCUCUUGGCGCUGAACUACAAUUAAGCUUCUGGUGCUAGAGCAGAGGGCCAUCAGGCGACUCAUGUUCUGGGCAGGAUAGAACCCGAGUGUCCGAUCCGAAGAUCACGAAACAUUCCUAGUACAAUUGCUUCAGUGCCUUAAGCACACCGCGAUUGUUGUUGUUUCCCCCCCACACGGCGUCUCUUUUUGAAACUUCUCUCUUGUGGGUGCAUUUUUUCGUUCAUGUGAUUGUACGUGGCUCUUUCGGCAUUGCGUAGGCAAGGAUGCGGGGAGUGUAUAUAUGGAUAUGAUUUUCUUUCCGGUUUGUUUCGGGUGUUCAGAUUGUGCCGUUUCUCUUUGCGAGAUCCCGAUGCGUCGUGACCCGGGCUGGGGGGCGGUGUAGUGAGCUGGACUGUUUGAAGCGUCUAGGAUGUUUCUGGACCUAAAACUGUUUCUGGGGACAACUUCUCCAUGAGGACGCAAGGUUAUAGUUCACAGGAGGUGGAGAGAUCAAUGGAACCAUUUCAGGACGACUCCGCAGUAUGGGUGGUCGCGGCCUUCCCACUGUUUUCACCUGGGCUGUACAACUCCGGCCCUCCUUCAGGUGUUGGGCAACAACCCCCAUCAUUCCUGGCUUUUGGUCACUGUGGCAGGGGCUGAUGGGAGCUGUAGUCCAGGAACAGCUGGAGGGCCCAAGUUGUGCAGUCCUGGUCUACACCAAUGUCUUCUCCCCACAUUCCAGCGGGUGAACCUGGUUCUCUCCUGUCAAAAUCUUACGAGGGAUUGGACGUUUUCAGCUUAAAGGUGAAGAUGUGGCACAAAUUUGGUGGAAAGGGGGUGUGUGAAACAGAAUUCUGUCAGCGUUUUGUGGCUAUCUUAACAUCGGGGCAGGGGGAUCUUUCUCCUAACCUUUACAGUGUCUAGAUUGUUACAUAAGGGAUUUCCAGUCUUGAGUUCCAGAUACCGUUGGACUACAACUUCCAUCAUCCCCAGCCAUUGUAGCAGGGGAUGGUGGGAGUUGUAGUCCAACAAUAUUGGUGGGGGGGCCUGUGUUGUUUGACUCCUCUUCUUCCUUCUCCCCACAAUCCUUUGUGUUCGCCCUCGUCAGUUUUAAUUUUGCAUGGAGCAAAAUUUUUCAACCUUUGACCAUGGUGUCAACUGCACUAAAAGUGUGUGUGUGUGUGUGUGUGUUUGUAUAAAAAUGAGUCUUGUAAAUGUUUUGUGGACUAGAAUAGUGGAUUGGGGUAUGUUUGCCUAAUCUGAAGAAGCAAAAAGUUGUGAGUCCCGUCCCCCCCUCUUUGGAAGGAUGUUCAGCUUUUCAGAUCUUUGUUUUCACUUGAAUUUUGUGUUCUUCUUGUGUUACCGCAGUCUUCAAAGUCACUUGCGGGUUUUCCAAACAGCAGGGUUUUCUGUUCCGAACAGAAGUCUUAACUUCCCGAGCUGUUCAAAAAGGAGCUUGGCUUUAGAAAGGCAGUUUGCUUUUUUCUUAAAUGCAAUAAUUAAGAAAAGGAGCAGGGGGUAAGCACCUGAUUUUUAGCGUUCCUAUGACACGCAUUGACGUGGGCAACGAGAUUAGUAGAAUAAUUAGGCGGCGAAAUAAAGUUAGCCGUAUUUAGAUUGUAUGGUUUGAAAGUUCCUUUUUUCAAAACCCAGAAAAAAAUUGGCAUUUUGAAAUAGAUAUAUAUUUUUAACUAGAGAAUUGUUUCAUAGAGGUGAAGAAAAUCUGGUUUUUCUUUUAAAGUAGAGCUUUUGUAUAAAUUCUUCCCUGUAAUGGCAUUCUGUGAUGACUCCCUCCUAACUAAUUCAGUUGAAGGACACAUCCGUAUAUGUAUCGGUGUCCUUAACUUUCUCGCCUUGUUUAAAUGACUUCUCUGCCCUACAGGCAGGCAGUCUGGCUGGUGGUGGAGCUGGGCCCUUCAGGAACAGCAAGUAUCAAAAUAGCUUUUAUAAUUUGCAGACAGGGCAUCUAACUUGCUGCUGUAAAGCACCAUGGUGAUAAAACACAGCUCCACAGAGCUCUGUUGUCUUAAGGCACUUGGGGCAAUUCCAAGGGUAACAGAAUCAGUCAAGUUGCCACUUUUUUCAAUGAUUGUAGCCAGAACAGCAAAUUUUCAAGUUAAUCUUAUAUAUGCCCAAUUGUCAAGAGAACAUAUAAGGCCAAUUUUUUUAACAAGACCCUUAAAUAUUAUCUAUAGCAGUGGGAACAUGCAAAAUAAGUCAGUAACGGAAUCAGAAACGAUGUCCAAAUUUUCUGAUUCCGUCGAUAACGUUUUUUGCACAUUUUAGGCACAAUAAUAUUGAAAGCUUUGUUAAAAAAAAUAUGGCCUUAUAUAGUAGAUGUUCUCUUGCCAGUGGGUAUAUAUAGUAUUAACUUGAAUAUUUGCUUGCGGCUACAGUCGUUGAGAAAGUGGCAACGUGCCUGAUUCCGUUAGCCUUGGAUUUGCCUGUUUGUCCAGGUUCAUUCUAGCCUUUGCAAUCUGGGCCAGGCAGAUGUCUUAAGAUUUCCCCCAGUGCUUACAGGGAUGUGAGGCUGCCAUGGAGGGAUGUCGGCAUAACAGAGCUGCAGAAUUCUACUGCUCCCUCUUGGGGCCGGCCACUGAGUAAGUAGAGGCCAUCAUCCUUGUGCUGGCGUUUUUUUAGGAAAAUUUAUUCCCAGCGAGUCUGUUUCCAUUGGCAUUGAGAGUUGCCAAACGGCAACCCAGGGAAACCUUGACGACAUAGGCACUGUGCUUUCCCACCUGUUCCUUCCCUGCUGCAAUAGGCCACCCUUCUUUCUGCUUCCUACAACAAGCAGGGGAAGGCGGUUAGCCGCAGACCUCGAGAAGGGAAGGGCAAGGAGGCAUAAGUAUUAAAGCCCACUUCUCUGUGCUGUGUGCCUAAUUCAACACUGCGCCCUCCAAACUAAGCAGUGAUUCUGAGAUCCGUACACAGCACCUUCCUUCUCUAAAAUCUUAUUUUGGCUAGAUCGCCUGAGACUGUUGGUACCAGAGGGGCCUGUGUGCUUCAUCCGGUGUUGGGGAGGUGUGUCUAUUUUGUCUGAGCGGCAGGCAGAAUUGUGAGCCAUAGAUUGGGAACUACAGGUCAUGAGGCAGGGUGGCUAUAGAGACCUACGACUUGUGUCAAGCCAGCCUCCGAGAAAACGUGUGGCUUGUUGCUCUUGGUAGGGGUUCUUUCGUGGUGGGGAGGUCCAACCUGCUUUCUCGCUGCCACUGUCGUCUUGUCCACCUGCUUCUCCCAGCAUCUCUGGCCGUUUCCUUAUGAUCUUGCAUAUCUUGUUCUAAGCAUCAUCAAACAUGGUGGCCAGAACCAUGGCUGAUGUAAGAGUAAGAAAUGCAGCUUGACCGGCUACCCCCGUGCGGCUGGCCCCGCUGACUGAAAUUCAGAAGUCUUCCUGACUUCUGACCUUACCUUUUUACAGUGAGCAAAACCGUGUCAUUUCCCACAAACCUAACAGUGGCGUGGCAUUGCCCCAGGACUUUUAAAAAAGAAAAAUGCCUACUGUUUUCUUACUGUUAAUGCUUUGAAAACUUGUUUUCACGUGGUGGAGAGCAUAACUAUUUUCCAGACCUUUUCAAUAAAUCUGUUUUUUUUCCAAA